CCAUCCCCAACCUUUGUUUCCAGCCUCCAAUCCUCUAACCACUGCUGCAGCAUUCACCUUCAACUUCAAGCUCGACGACCAGCCUGCACACAAAGAUGGCGCCUCUCAUCGUCGACAUCCACACCCACGUCUACCCACCGGCGUACAUGCAGAUGCUCCGAGCUCGCAAGACAGUACCUUACGUCCACGACCCAGCCGACGGCGCGACCCCGCGGCUGAUCAUCCUCUCGUCGGACGACGACGCGUCUAUUCCGCUCGACCAGCGUGGCCGACCCGUGGACGCCUCCUACUCCGACAUCGAGGUCAAGCUGGCCUUCAUGCGCCGCCAUGGCAUCAACAGCAGCGUGAUCUCGCUAGCCAACCCGUGGCUGGACUUCCUGGCACCCGAGGAGGCGCAGACCUGGGCGGAGCGCAUCAACGACGACCUGGAGGCCACCUGCGCACGCGUGAACCGCGCCGCGGACCCCGAGAACACGCGGGCGCUGCACGAGAAGGAGACGCUGUAUGCCUUCGGGGCGCUGCCACUCAGUGCGCCGACUGCGGAGGUGGUCGUCCGGGAGAUUCAGAGAAUCAAGACGCUGCCGCAUCUGCGGGGCGUGAUCAUGGGCACGACCGGCUUGGGCAAGGGGCUGGACGAUGACCGGCUGGACACCGUGUGGAAGGCGCUGCAGGAGACCGACUCCCUCUUGUUUCUCCAUCCGCACUACGGACUCCCCGACGAGGCCUUCGGCGGCCCCGAGGCGAUGAACCGCUACGGCCAUGUCCUGCCCCUCGCCCUGGGGUUCCCGCUGGAGACGACCAUCGCCGUGACGCGGAUGUUUCUGGCGGGCGUUUUCGAUCGGUUUCCGGGGCUGAAGAUUCUGUUGGCGCACUCCGGGGGCACGCUGCCCUUCCUGGCGGGGCGCAUCGAGAGUUGCAUCCUGCAUGAGCGCAAGUUCGUUGCUAACGGAGGUGAUGUACCUGGUCCGCAAAGAAGUGUCUGGGAUGUCCUCAAUACCAACAUUUAUCUGGAUGCGGUGGUCUACGGUACUGCAGGCCUGAAAGCCGCGGUAACUGCGGCCGGUGGUGCGGAUCGUCUACUCUUCGGAACUGAUCAUCCGUUCUUUCCCCCUCUUGGCAAGGAUGACGAGGAAUGGCCAAGCGUAACCACAAACUAUAAGGCUAUCUAUGCCGCCUUUGAUGGUGAGAAUGAGACCGUUGCAGGGGUCUUGGGAGAGAACGCGGCUCGCAUUUUAAAGCUAAAUUAAGUUUCAGACAUCUCGGCAACAAUGCAAGGGCGGUUUCUUGUGCCUGUAAGAUUUCAAAUAAUCUGAUUCUGUAAAGGUGCAU